AUGUUGUUCUUACAUGUUAUUUUAUUAAGUGGUGCUUUGUUGAGGCAAGUUUAUGGUGUUGAUUUGGUUUCAUCAACUGAAAGUAUUAAUGAAUUUGAUGCUCAUGUGAACUCAAAUCCAAAGAAUAUUUGUGAAGGUGAAGAAUUGGAUGCAUUAGCUACAUGUGCAACUAAAUAUUUAGCCAAGUUAGAUGAAUGUAAACCAGAUGAUCAAGCUUGUGAAUGUUGUGCAGUGCAAAGCAUGAAUCGUGAUUGUUAUGGGUUAUGUCCAAAUACUGAAUCAGGUAAUUUCCUUGCUGGUUUAUAUGAUAAUUGUGAAACUUACACUAUGGCUAAGGGUGUUGAUCCAUGUAAUUUACCAUUUAAAAAAUAUGAUUCACGUAUUGCCAAAUUUUUAAGACCAAAUGCAAAUAUCCUGGUUCAAGAUCAAGAACUUGAUAUUUUACAAUCAAAACUUAAAAGAAUUAAUCAAAUAAUUCAAUGCAGAUUCGUCAAUCAUUACUCUCAAUUUUUCAGUAUUUAG